CGUGAGUUGUUCAAUAGGGGCUGCACAGUGAGUGUGGGGGAUUCUGCUGGGACCUGGAUGGGCAACUUCACAGCUGCUCUCCCUUUGCUGGCGGUGGAACCGGGACUUUUGUUGCUCGAAUCUUCCCAGGGACAAGAAGGAAGAUUAAUGCUGAUGCUCUUUGCCCACAUAUUUGUGCAGGCAGCGGCAGAUUCUUUGUACUUGGUGGAUACAGAACACCUCGGGACAGAUGCACGAUCCAUUAAUGAAUUAAUCUUAACUUCACCAUUCUUUAAAAUCUGUAUCAACAUAUGGGCUUUUGGAAGCUGCAAGAUGGUAUUUGAGAAGAUCUACACUCGCCUUUAACCUGAUGUCAGAGGGGCACCAUCCUACCCCAAGUUGGUCAAAGGGCAGCCUGUGCCUUUCUUAGGAAUGACAAUAUUACUGGGCUCCAGCCUAGGUUUCCGCAAAGGCCUUGGCAGGAGAAUACUAUGCAGCUUAGUGUUUGCUUUGGUGAUUGCAGCAUUGGUGGUGACAUCUUAUGUCCUUGCUGGAGGCAAGCAAGACCAUCUGUUCCAGCCAUUCCCUCCUGAUUCAAGAGACUAUUCUUCCAGUUACAACCAGUCGGAAGGCAGGAAUCAGAAGGACAUUGCACUUUCAGUAGUUCAGCUAACUGACCGCAGGAUCCCUGACACUGAGGAUCUGAAGCAAUAUGAACCACACAUGUUUGCCGUGAUUCCGCAACAAUUCAUCUCCACCAGCCGAAGCCCCUGCUGGUACCAGAUAUAUGAAGAAAAGAAAGACCCAUACAGAGGCAAUGCAUAUGUCCUGUAUUCCAAACGGUUCCGCGCUGUCUUCGAAGAGAUGCGCCAGAGUUUCUGGAAGAGGCUGCUGGUUAAAGGGGACUCUCGCUACCGCUUGCGCUGCCUCCCAUACUUCUACAUCAUUGGGCAGCCCAAAUGCGGCACCACCGAUUUAUACAACCGCAUGCGCCUCCAUCCCAGUAUUCGAUUCUCGGCCAACAAAGAACCACAGUGGUGGACGAGGAAAAGAUUUGGAAUAAUGAGGCUGAAAGAGGCGCUGCAGAGUCCCUUUCCAGUGGAGGAUUACCUGGAUUUAUUUGAUUUGACUGCACAAGAGAUCCAGGCUCUGUACAACACAGCCAAUGAUAAAGAAGAUGCCAUUACCAUUCCUCUGGUUAUAGGAGAAGCCAGUGCUUCAACCAUGUGGGACAACAAUGCCUGGAUGUACAUCUAUGAUAACAUGACCAACACAGAGCCUCCACACCUGACCCAGGACUUCAUCCACGCCUUUCAGCCUAAUGCCAAAUUUAUUGUCAUGCUCCGGGACCCUGUGGAGAGACUUUACUCUGACUACUUAUACUUCGCCAUCGCCAACAAGUCGGUGGAGGAGUUCCAUGACAAGGUGAAUGAGUCCCUGCAGAUGUUCGAGAGCUGCCUGCAAACAUCUACUCUGCGUUCCUGCGCCUACAACACCACGUUAAACAACCUCCUGCCCGUGCGGCUACAAGUGGGGCUCUAUGUGGUGUUCCUGUGGGACUGGCUGUCCCUUUACAAGAUGGAACAGUUCCUCAUCCUGAGACUGGAAGAUUACUCCGUUAGGGUCUUGCAAAGCACAAGGAGGGUCUUCAGCUUCCUGGAGCUUGGGCCACUGAGUGAUGAGCAGGAGGCCACAAUAACACAAAGCCCAGCGUCCAACAGCCGUCGCCCUGAAGACUGCAGCCUUGGACCCAUGUAUCCUCAAACCCAACAGCUUCUGAGGGAUUUUUACCGUCCCUAUAACCAGAGACUGUCCCAGCUACUGAGGGAUGAUGCCUUUCUGUGGGAUCCACAUUCCGCCCUCUAACUGUCGGUUUUGUGUGAUAAAAUGCACUGAAUGAUGGUGCUGACAUCUAGUGGUCAUGCACUGUAAAAGCUGAGAGGCAACAUUACGGAGUGAUUUAGAGUCAGACUGCAGCCAAGAUAUAUUUACUGUCACUUGCUGAUCUAAGUGGGAAACAGAAGCCAAAGGGAUUAUUAACUGUUUUGCAGAAGAGAGCAGUGAGCUAAAGAAGGGCAGCCAGUUUCUGGCCUGAAGAAUUGCUGUAUUGCAGUGCCCAGAGAAAGAAGCAUUCUGCAGCCCCAGUUAGUAAUUUCUUAGGAAAGGAGGCAGCACUUUACAGAUUACAGUUGCAUGGAACUGCCUGCCAGGAGGAGCAGUGGGCAUAGACAGGUGGCAUAUUCAACCAUGCAUGGGGCAGAUUUAGGGCAAUUGUAAGGACUUGAACUUGCUGUUUCACGGGCACACACUAACUGGUUCUACCUUUAAAGUAAAAAUAAAAACUGGAUAAAUAGAUAGGCCGUGCAAAAUAAAAUGUGUUUCUAAUAUAGUUAU